UGAUCAUAGAUAAAGACGAAUAAUCUAGGUCAAGACGUUUAGUGAUUAUCGAUAAAGCUCUACAUUAUGUACGAACAAAACUGAAAGAACAGUAGAGUGCUUCAGUUUUUAGUGCGAACUUUGUGAAAAGUGUCUGAAAAACUCUGAUUGGUUGAUAAAGAAUAUUGAGUAGAAGUAUAAUGGAGUACCAUCACCGUCCAAUGGAGCAGCAGCAGCAGCAGCAAGGAGCUGGAGGCGGCGCAGGACCGCCGGCGCAGCCUCAGUGGGGCUACGGCUGGGCGCCGCCCGCGCCUGCUCCACGCUCCAAACGACCGCACUCUGAUAGCGAGGACGACGCCUUCUCCGAGGAGAGCAGCAAAGAUGCGCAAUCACCUGGCGGCGAGUCGUGCCAGCUGAUGACACGUAAGCGUCGGCGCGGCGUCAUCGAGAAGAAACGACGCGAUCGCAUCAAUACCUCGCUGACGGAGCUGAAGCGGCUCGUGCCUGCCGCCUGCGAGAAACAGGGCAGUGCCAAGCUUGAGAAAGCGGAGAUACUGCAGCUCACCGUCGAUCAUCUAAAGAUGCUGCACGCCAAAGGUGUGGACACGUUCGCUUACGACCCCCAGCGGUAUGCGAUGGACUACCACAGCAUCGGGUUCCGCGAGUGCGCAGCGGAGGUGGCCCGCUAUCUGGUCAGCUGCGAGGGGCUCGACAUCCAGGACCCGUUGCGCUUGCGCCUCAUGAGCCACCUGCAGUGCUUCGCCGCGCAGCGCGAGCUCGCCGCCAAAUCCGCCAACUGGGGCUACCCGCAGUACCCCGCCGCUCCCGCGCCACACUCGCACCACGGCUACGGCGACGUGGCCGGCCAGAGGCAUGACCCGGCCACCUCCGCGGGUGCCACUUCGCUGGCCGCAACGACCAGCAUCGCGGCGCCGCUGUCCGCACCACCCGCUUACGCGCAUUAUGCGCACGCGCCGCCUGGACCGCCGCCUCCCGCGCCGCCGGCACCUCCCGGCCCGCACCCCGCACCUCCUGCGCCACACUACCCUGCACCGUACCCGCAUCACCCGCCUCAUCACCAGUACUCGCAGAACACCUCCAAACCCUACAGGCCCUGGGGUGCAGAGCUGGCGUAUUAG